AGAUCCUGAGCUCGCACGCGAAGAAGGCAAAAAGGGGAGCAGCAGGACGCCAUUGAUAUCGUGCCUUGGCCCAUUGUCGUGAAAUUCAGUCAAGAAAUCGCACAUUUUCGUUUUGUUGCUGGUGAGGAUGGCGGCUGCAUCAAGCACCAGCAAGAACGUGACGAUUUCCAUCGACCGUGAGGCGGCGGAGAAGAUAGACACCGCCGCCCACAUGCGGCUGCUGCAGACCAAGGCAAACGAUAUCGGAAAGAAACGUGAGCAACGCAGAUGACAGAGCGGGGCGGCACAACGUGUGUUGUAUGGUGUGUGUUGUGGUGUGGUGCGUGUCGGUGCAGGUGAGCCUGACCCCACUGUCCAUGCGGACAAGUCGAGCAGGGUGUCGGUGCAGGAGACCGAGAUAGAAACGACGGGUUCCACAAAUGUGCCGGGCAUUCUCACCUUCCAGGUACUGAAUGCACGUACGGACGGACGGACGGACGUGUGUGCUCAAAUGAGUCACUGUGUGUGCCUGUCUGUUCUCUUCGGUGUGAUCUGGGUGCAGGUGGAUCUGACUGGUUCGAUAGAGGAGUGGCACAUGGCGCUCGUCAAGGAGAGCGGCGAGAAGGUCGUCGUUUCUCGACAAAACACCACGGUAACUGCCCCCACACACAAAUAACAUAUGGCCACUCGCCGCAGGGCACUCCUCCUUCUCUGCCUGCCUGCCUGCCUGCCUGCUGUUUUCAGGUCAAGUAUGCCGAGGGCGUCUUAACACUUGAGGACGCCACCAUCGAGCCGGGGACGUACGUGCUGCGCAUCCAGCAGGAGACCUUCGGGGCGCCGAGUGACAUGAUGGCCGACGCGCCGUCCCCCUCGCCCGCCCGAUCGCCCGUUGACGUGCCCAUGACGUAGAAGAGGGAGAGUAGCGGGAGCUGGUGUGGUGUCAAGACAGACAGACCGACAGACUUCCUUCCUGCCUGAGUGUACGCCUUGUUGUUUUUCAUGGGCGUCUGUGUACAGACUGGUCUGGUAUCGGGGCUCAGAGAGAGAACGGGGUGGCGUGAGGUGAGAUUUGUGUGGAUGGGUCAAUCGAUCGGUAGAUCAGCCAAGAUUGGGUUGAGCUGAUGUGCUGUGUUGUUGGCGGGGAUGAUGGGACGGAUGGAUGCGUUUAAGAUAGCGCCAUGCUAUGUGAUGGGCUGGUCGUGUCGAGGGGCCAUCGUCGGGCAAUUGUAGCAUCCGCAUCGACAACUCAGUCGUUCAUGCGCGAAAAGCUUGGCGAGGCUGUGGGUGGGCGAUGCGGUCACUGCGAUCGCACGACGCGACAAUCCAGCCUGUGUUGUGUGCGGACAAACAUUCCAUGAUGAAAUGCCAGUGUGUCACGGGUGUCGUCGCUAUGGAGG